AUGAAUGGUGGAGGGGAGGAGAGGGAAGGGGAGCCAAUGGAGGAGGAGAGGGAGGAGGAGAAGGAGAGGAUCUUGCUGAUGUGGGGGUACCUCCCGGGUGUCUCGCCCCAGAGAUCCCCGCUGCUGUCUCCGGUGCCGGUGAGGUUCCCCGGAUCGCCCGCGGGGGAUGCUUGGAGGGAUGCGUGCGGAGGGGGCUGCGGAUUCGCCAUGGCGAUCUCUGGUAGGUCCAAAUACGAGUCUAUGCUCGUCUCUGUUCUAUUCUUAUGAUUUGGGCUUCGAUUUUUUCGAGUGAAAGAAUGUCAGCACCCACCUGGUUCGUCAACGCAUUUCAUUGUGUUGGUUGUACGAUCUCGCAUUAUCUGAUCUGUUUCCUCCACGAAGGAAGAGCGUGAUGUUUUCCUCUUUGUCAGAAUUCAUCCCGAUUAAUCUGAACGAGAUGAUCCAUUCUACGUCUCCUCUCUUUCAGAUUUUGCCUUUUUUCCCCCUGAUUUUUAUGAAGAGGUAUUAUUUUUUUGGAGGUCUGAGGACUCAGUGGUGUCAGUGACCGAUCGCGAGUGUAUUUUCCAUUCUGUGGUAUCUCGUCGUGUCAUUUACUCUGUUGCUCCAACACUUUCCCUCUCUUGUUCUCUGUGAAUGCGUGAGACAAUAUUCUUUCCUCGGAACAUUUCGCUUCAAGUUUCAUGGUUAGCAUGUGCCCCACAUUAACUGGGUGAGUGGUUAAUGGCAUACCUUGUCUAGGUAUGCCACAUUUUAGGUGUUACUUCUGCGACUCCGUGUUUUUAGAUGUAACUAGCUUUAGACUCACAAAUACGUCUUUUCUAUAUGCCGCAUCAGAAUCUGGGAAGCUUAUGACAUGGGGUUCAACGGAUGAUUUAGGCCAGAGUUAUUUAACUUCAGGAAAGCACGAGGUACUUAUUAGUCUAUUCAAUUCAGUCAGGUGGUUUCUUCCGCUAUGCUCUGUGAAUCAAUGUCAUCAUGCGCACAGGAAAUUCCAGAGGCCUUUCCUCUUCCAACUGAUACUCCACUAAUGAAAGCUGCGGCUGGAUGGGCUCAUUGCGUUGCAGUUACAGGUUCUGUCCCUCUCCAUCCCUUGCAUACAUGCCCACUAAUCCCAUCCAAACGUCGUAUUUUUUACCAUUUUUGUACUACUAUAGUCAUAUUGAACACACAGGAAAGUUCAUAAGCCUAGCUAAUUUUAACCGAGUAUAUCUUAAAUAAAAUAUUCAGAAUGAUUGUUGAUCUCUUUUUGCCUGCUAUGCCAUGUAACCGUACGUUGGCAAAUCGUCUUUUGUCAUUGAAUACCAUCAUCGAUGAAUAAGAAUAGUUGUAUUUUUAUCAAAAAAUCUAUUUAUCAUUAUGGUCGCUUACCUGCUGAAAUGUGGAUGUCCUAACUUCGAUAUGUAGAUCGUCAUCAUUCUUGUGUUCAUUAAUGCAAAUGCUUCUUUUGGACCUCAUUCUUUUAACAUGCUUUUUCCUCCACUAUACCAGCCCAAGGCGAGGUCUACACAUGGGGUUGGAAAGAAUGUGUCCCUUCAGGAAAGGUCGUAGGUGAUCAAUCUGCUGCGGGAUUACGGUUACUGGAAAAGGAUGCAUUGUUGUCGAGUGACCAAGGUAACUAUGGUUAGAAAUACUAUACAUUAAAGAAAUUUUGUAGAAUUUUCUCGGCCAUCCAUACCAGCGAAGAUUUUGUUGCAGUGAGUCCAAGGUCUCAAAUUUCAAAGGGUGGUGAAGAGAGUGCGAAACGCAGGAAGUUGACGUCAUCUAAGCAGGGUCCAGAAAGUUCAUCUAGUGACGAGAAUUUAUCAGCACUUCCCUGCCUAGUGAGCCUCGGCCCAGGAGUGAGGAUUAAUACUGUGGCUGCUGGCGGUCGCCAUACAUUAGCUUUGUCAGGUAAAUCCACAUGUUUUUCCAGGUUUUACUGGCCUGUGCGGUAAUCUUACUUCUGAGAUCUAGAACACAAGUAGUUGGGCCCUGGAAUAUGCUCGACGCUAAUUUAUCCUCGUUUCCAAGGUUUCAGAUAUGGGUCAGGUGUGGGGUUGGGGAUAUGGAGGUGAAGGGCAAUUGGGUUUGGGUUCUCGGAUCCGUAUGGUAUCGUCUCCUCAUCCUGUGCCCUGCAUUGAGUCUGUUGCGUGUGGUAAAGAUAAAUCUCAAGCUGCUCCUGGAGGGUAUAUCAGUUCGGAAGGACAGGCUCAUAAGAUGACUGGAAGCGUUGUGAAGGCUAUAGCAUGUGGAGGUCGGCACAGUGCAGUGGUAACAGGUCAGCAUUGCAUGAUUUGCCUUUGAUUUCUGCCUAUACGGUAUUGAGAAAGUACUUAUUAGUUUUCCUCACCAAUGGAUUCGAUGCUGGAUCUAAGAACAUUUGGAUUAAGUUUUGCUUUAAAUUUUAUGCUGCACGACAUAACCAACAAAAUUGCCUCCGUUAUAAUCUCUUAUUUUAAUUAAGCACAUGACAUUGACGUUUGAAUGAUAUUAGCGCAAAGAAAGCGUUACAAUCAUCAUAUUCACAUUUGUUUUGAUCUUCAAGGUGAACAAAAUGUCUGAAACGUUUCGCCCUAUUUUGUUAUGAUGUGGAUAUGUUUGCCUUUGACAAGAUCGUCAUGUUUCUCUCUCCCUGCCUGAUAUCAUCGCUGCAAGUUCUGAUUCUAUGUAGUUCUUUUCUGACGUUUCCAAUCAUGCAAUCAAAUCUUAACCCCUUAUCACGAUUGACAGCCUUGUUGAAGGUUUAGAAUUAAAAAUCGUGCAUUUUGUAACAUGUCUUGUGUUCGCACAGACACUGGAGCGUUGCUUACCUUUGGUUGGGGACUCUAUGGGCAGGUGGGUUCUUCUCUCUCUUGGUCCAAUUCAAUAGAAAACUUUUCAUUAUGAAGCAAAGCAGUUUUGUUUGAUGCUUAUCUGCGUUUUUUGUAUCAUUCUCAAAGUGCUUUUUCCUUUUUACACUUAAAAUACUUAAUGAAGUAUAUUUUUGGGAAAAUAACUUAAAAAAUAACUCAAUGGGUAAUAGUGUCCUCUGCCUUCAUAGAAACACGUUCCAGCCGAUUAAUGAAAUGACUGUGCAUCCUCUUUUAUUCACUCUUCUGAAAUAGUCAAAAAUCUAUCCGAACAUUCAGAGCGCAAGGGCCGACCAUAUAAACAGACGGUCGCCUUACAUUCACCAGGACAUGAUCUAUUUUGUUCCUGAUUCUGUUGUGUUCAGGCCUGGUUUUUGUGAAGCAUUAACUGCUCUCCAGGAUGAUAAACACGUAGGAAUUGCAGAAAAGAUGGUGGAAAAAAAAAACAACGAAGUAUUAUUAUGUAAGGAAUUAUGAUUUUGGGUUGUACCAAGUCUGAAACCAAGUGGAUUUAUUUUUUGUCCCAUAUAAUUCUAUUACCUUUCCAUGUUAUCACCUCUUCUCUGCCUUGAUAUUCUUCUGCUCCAGUGUGGGCAAGGGAGCACGGACGACGAGCUGAGCCCCACCUGCGUUUCCUCCCUUCUGGGGAUCCAAAUCCGAGGGAUCGCCGCUGGCCUCUGGCACACGAUCUGCACCUCCGCCGACGGCGAUGUCUACGCCUUUGGAGGCAACCAGUUUGGCCAGCUGGGGACCGGCACUGAGCAGGCCGAGGUAUCGACCAAAAACCCCGAUUCUUUUCUGCUAUGAUCUCAUUUUGAGUCAGAAGUGACUCGGAGGUCAACUCAUUCAUGGGCUUUACCGUAUAUAUUGCGGGUUACCGCCUCCCAUUAGGCAGAGUCCGAGGGGGCCUGCGUGGAAUGAGUAUAAUUUCAGUUUGGUUGGUAGAAAAAUAAAUGUGAUGAUAUGAUAUAAUAUACGGGGUUUACUCUAGUAGAUUGUGACCUUCCUGUGAUCGGUAGUCCCUCUUGGUUGGCGGCGGAUCUGACUGGUCCGAGCUUCUGCCUCUCUCUCUCUCUACAGACGAUCCCCAGGCUUCUGGAUGCGCAGUGUCUGGAGAACAGCAGCGCGAAGAUAAUAUCUUGCGGAGCUCGCCACAGCGCCAUGGUCUCAGGUAACCACUAUCUGAAAUUCCCCGGGAUCUCUUGGUCUUGCUGACUCCCCUCCCUUCUACUUGAAACUUCAGAGGACGGGAAAGUCUUCUGCUGGGGUUGGAACAAGUACGGCCAGGUACCCCCCUCCCUCUCUCUCUCUCUCUCUUAAUUUCUCGUUGUUGACCCUUUGCGUCUGUACUGUGUGUUGGCAGCUGGGUUUAGGCGACGCGAUAGACAGGAGCAUCCCGUCCCAGAUUCCGCUCGACGGAUGUCUACCGACGAACGUUUCAUGCGGCUGGUGGCACACGCUCUUGCUGGCAAAGCCCUUCACAUGA